CUUACUGUAGGCUGAUUUUAGGGGUUUCGCUCUCUGUACAUCAACAGUGUGAGUAGCCUAACUAAUUCACUAUAGGCCUAUAAACGUAUUGAUAAUAAUGUAAAGCUAUCUCUUCAUUUGUUUAAAUGUUAGUAAUGUCAUUAGUAAUGUUAGUAUAUGCAGCAGGCUAUUUCAAGUCAUCACACACACACACACACACACACACACACACACACACACACACACACACACACACACACACACACACACGCACUAGCCUACAUAGUGGGGUGCUGGCCAUGGUGCUGAAUUGCUGCUGAAACAGUGAAUAGGCUAUCUAUCCUACAUAAGCUUGUCCCUGGCUACAGAUUGACUCUGACGGUUACUUUCACAAAUUAGCAUGUUCACUGAACAGUGGUAGAUAUUGGUGAAUUGAGAAGGGAUGCAGCAACAACAACAAAAAGAAAAUAAAAAAACAGAGAGACAUACACGUUUUGUAGUGCCUUUUUUUUUUUUUUUUUGGCCAUCUGCAUUUAUCACACUUGCGUUUAAAUAUUCGCGCUUUCUCGGUUGUAUUCAAUAGGUCUGCCUGUGACGUCGAAGAUAAAGAUCCCGCUGCUGUAUCUUGGCUAUACGACGUGGCUUCUCCCCGUUUCCCCACCGCCUCACCGUCCCCAGUCGCUUUCAGCACACCGAUGCUGACACACACUCCUCCUCCGGGCGGCGAGCAGGGCAUGAGCACAGGGGCUUGAGUGACACAUGCUGCGGUAGUCUACCCCGCUGAAUGGCCGUGGAUUAGCCAUAUAUGCUAAUAUCGAUAGGAGAGAGGAGCCAGCGGAGGCUUGCCGAGUCUGAACAGGCUCCUUUGCAGCCAUGGCUGAAGGUGGAGAAGGAGAGGAUGAAAUCCAGUUCCUCAGGACUGAUGAUGAAGUGGUGCUCCAGUGCGUGGCUUGCAUCCAGAAGGAGAACCGCAAGUUCUGCCUGGCUGCCGAGGGGCUCGGAAACCGCCUGUGUAACCUGGAGCCCACGUCUGAGGCAAAGUUUGUUCCUCCCGACCUGUGUAUCUGCACCUUUGUACUGGAGCAGUCUCUGUCAGUGCGAGCCCUGCAGGAGAUGCUGGCUAAGAGUGGACAGAACAGUGAAGGGACUCGCGGCCUGGAUCGAUUGAGGCUCAUAAGAAAGGCGGCGCAGAGCGGCGGGCACAAGACUCUACUGUACGGACAUGCCAUCCUCCUGCGGCACUCCUUCAGCUCUAUGUACCUGGCCUGUUUGAAGACGUCGAGGUCACAGACAGAUAAGCUGUCCUUUGAUGUCGGCCUGCAGGAGGAUUCAACAGGUGAGGCCUGUUGGUGGACCAUCCACCCGGCCUCGAAGCAGAGAUCGGAAGGAGAGAAGGUGCGGAUUGGUGACGACCUCAUCCUGGUCAGCUUGUCCUCUGAGCGAUACCUUCAUUUAUCGAUCUCCAAUGGCAACAUCCAGGUGGAUGCUUCCUUCAUGCAAACCCUGUGGAAUGUCCAUCCCAUCUGCUCCGGUAGCAACAUUGAAGAAGGCUACCUGUUGGGUGGUCAUGUGAUGCGGUUGUUCCACGGGCAUGAUGAGGUAGUAGCUAUCCCGGGAUCCGACCAGAGUGCAGAGCAGCAGAGGAUAGUCAACUAUGAGACAGGUAAAGCCGGCGCCAAGGCCAGGUCCUUGUGGAGGCUGGAACCACUCCGAAUCAGCUGGAGCGGGAGCCACAUCCGCUGGGGGCAACCCUUUAGGCUGCGGCACCUGACCACAGGUCACUACUUGGCCCUGACGGAGGACAGGGGGUUGGUGCUGCAGGACAGGGAGCGGUCGGACACCGUUGCCACAGCCUUCUGCUUCAGAGCCUCCAAGGAGAAGCUGGAGCAGAGCCCCAAGCGGGACAUCGAGGGCAUGGGGGUGGCCGAGAUUAAAUACGGGGACUCGCUCUGCUUUAUCAUGCACGUGGCCACGGGGCUGUGGCUCUCCUACCAGGCACCCGAUGUCAAAUCUGCCCGUCUGGGUCCCCUCAAGAGACGAGCGUGCCUGCACUCUGAAGGUCACAUGGACGACGGCUUGACCCUGCAGCGCUGUCAACACGAGGAAUCCCGCGCCGCACGAAUCAUCCGCAACACCACAUUACUCUUUAACAGCUUCAUCAGAGACCUGGAUUGUUUGGGUGUUAAGAAUAGAGCACUGGUUGCGCUGCCUGUCGAGGAGGUGCUCCAAACCCUCAAUGACCUCAUCGCGUAUUUCCAGCUCCCUGAUGCUGAGUUGGAGCACGAAGAGAGGCAGAUCAAGCUGCGCUCCCUCAAGAAUCGACAGAACCUUUUCAAACAAGAAGGCAUGCUGAUUCUGGUGUCCAACUGCAUCGACCGCCUGAACGUCUACAACAGUGCUGCACACUUUGGCGAGUGUGCCGGAUCAGAGGCAGGAGCGGCCUGGAAAGACAUCCUGAACCUGCUGUACGAGCUGCUGGCUGCGUUGAUAAGAGGGAACAGAAAUAACUGCACCCAGUUUUCUAACAACUUGGACUGGCUGGUUAGCAAGCUGGAGAGACUGGAGUCUUCUUCAGGCAUCCUGGAAGUUCUGCACUGCAUUUUAAUUGAGAGCCCCGAGGCCCUGAACAUCAUCCAGAGAGGACACAUCAAGUCAAUCAUAUCGCUGCUCUACAAGCAUGGACGCAACCACAAGAUUCUGGAUGUGCUCUGCUCGCUCUGUGUGUGUAACGGUGUAGCUGUGAGAACCAAUCAGAACCUGAUCUGUGAUCACUUGCUACCAAAGAGAGACCUACUGCUGCAAACCCAGCUGGUCAACGAUGUCCAGAGUAUGAGACCCAACAUCUUCCUGGGGGUGAGCGAGGGCUCGGCUCAGUAUAAGAAGUGGUACUUUGAGCUUAUGAUCGACCAGGUGGACCACUUUGUAACCAGCGAGCCGACGCACCUGAGAGUGGGCUGGGCCAACACUAAAGGCUAUGCUCCCUACCCCGGAGGAGGAGAAGGGUGGGGGGGCAACGGAGUGGGCGAUGACCUCUACUCGUUUGGUUUUGAUGGGCUACACCUCUGGUCAGGUCGUGUCCCACGGACUGUUGCGUCCAUGAACCAGCACGUCCUGACUUCCGAGGACGUGGUGAGCUGUUGUCUGGACCUUGGAGCUCCCAGCAUCUCUUUCAGGAUUAACGGACAGCCGGUCCAGGGCAUGUUUGAAAACUUCAACCCAGACGGGCUCUUCUUCCCCGUCGUCAGCUUCUCCGCAGGGGUCAAAGUGCGUUUCCUGUUGGGCGGUCGGCAUGGCGACUUUAAGUUCCUGCCUCCAUCCAGUUACGCUCCUUGUUACGAAGCUCUGCUGCCCAAAGAGAAGAUGAAGGUGGAGCCAGUGAAGGAGUACAAAAGGGAUGUGAAUGGAGUCAGAGAUCUGCUGGGUACCGCACAGUUUUUAUCGCAGGCGUCCUUCAUCCCAACACCUGUUGAAACCAGCCAGAUUGUUAUGCCACAUCAUUUAGAAAAAGUCAGAGACAAGCUGGCUGAAAACAUCCAUGAACUGUGGGGCAUGAAUAAAAUUGAGCUUGGCUGGUCGUACGGCAAGAGGAUAAGGGAUGAUAAUAAGCGGCAGCACCCCUGCCUGGUCGAUUUCUCCAAGCUGCCAGAAACUGAAAAGAACUACAACCUGCAGAUGUCAACAGAAACUCUUAAGACCCUGCUGGCACUGGGAUGUCGGGUAGUUCAGGUCAAUCCAAAUGCUGAGAGCUCCCUCAAAAAAAUCAAACUCCCCAAAAACUUCAUGAUGUCCAAUGGUUACAAGCCGUGUCCUCUGGACCUGUCUGAUAUCAAACUGACUCCCAGUCAGGAGCUGCUGGUGGACAAACUGGCAGAGAAUGCACACAAUGUGUGGGCCAAGGACCGCAUCAAACAGGGCUGGACCUAUGGCAUUCAGCAGGAUCUAAAAAGUAAACGUAACCCUCGUCUGGUUCCCUACGUGCUACUCGACGAGAGGACCAAGAAGUCAAACAGGGACAGCCUGCGGGAGGCUAUUCGCACUCUGAUUGGCUACGGAUAUAACAUUGAGCCCUCGGACCAGGAAGGUGGACAAGUGGUCGAGCGGCUCAGCAUUGACAAGAUCCGCUUUUUCAGAGUGGAGAGGACAUAUGCCGUGAAGACCGGGAAAUGGUACUUUGAAUUUGAGGCCGUGACUGGGGGGGACAUGAGAGUGGGCUGGGCCAGGCCUGGAUGUAAGCCGGAUGUGGAGCUCGGCACGGAUGAGCUUGCUUUUGUGUUUGAUGGAUACAGGGGUCACUGUCUGAACAUGGGCAGCCGUUUGUUCGGGCGGUGCUGGCAUGCAGGCGACGUGGUGGGCUGUAUGAUCAACAUGGAGGACAAGUCUAUGAUCUUCACCCUAAACGGAGAGAUCCUCAUCACCACCAAGGGAUCUGAACUCUGCUUUACAGACUUUGAAACCGAAGAUGGCUUCAUUCCAGUGUGCAGCCUCGGGCUCGCUCAGGUGGGGCGUAUGAAUCUGGGGAAAGAUGCCAGCACCUUUAAGUACUACACAAUGUGCGGCCUCCAGGAAGGGUUCGAACCGUUCGCUGUCAACAUGAACCGAGAGGUCACCAUGUGGUUCAGCAAGCGUCUGCCUACUUUUGUCAACGUGCCAAAGGACCACAACCACAUAGCAGUGACCAGGAUCGAUGGAACUGUCGACAGCCCUCCAUGUCUAAAAGUCACCCACAAGUCUUUUGGCACCCAGAACAGUAACGCAGAUAUGGUGUUCUGUCGUCUAAGCAUGCCUGUAGAGUUCCACUCUGUCUUCAAAACAAAUCCUGUUGUGGAUAUGAACGGAGUCCACGAGGAAGAUACACUUAAAGUCAAACACAGAUAUCCUUUGAGAUCUGUCAGACACAGUGAGGAAAGCAGACGAGUGGACUAUGGCAGCAUCACUAUGUACUACCACUCGGUAAGGGUCUUUGCUGGUCAAGACCCUGCUGGCGUGUGGGUAGGAUGGGUUACCCCCGACUACCAUUACUUCAGCAACAACUUCAACCUCAGUAAAAACCGAACAGUCACUGUAACCCUGGGGGACGAGCGAGGACGAGUCCAUGAGAGUGUGAGGAGGAGUAACUGCUACAUGGUGUGGGGUGGUGAUGUGACAAAUGCUGCUCACGCCUCAAGUCGCACCAACGUGGACCUGGAGAUCGGCUGUCUGAUAGACCUGGCCACUGGCAUGCUGACGUUCACUGUCAACGGGAAGGAGAUAUCCACGUCCUAUCAGGUGGAACCAAACACCAAGCUAUUCCCUGCCGUGUUUGUGCAGCCAACAAGCCCUAACCUCUUCCAAUUUGAGUUGGCUAAAAUAAAGAUCGCCAUGCCUUUGUCGUCAGCCAUCUUUAAGAGUGAGCAUAAGAACCCCGUGCCUCAGUGUCCGCCCCGUCUAGAUGUCCAGACCAUCAACGCCGUGCUGUGGAGCCGCAUGCCGAACACCUUCCUCAAAGUGGAAACAGCCAGAGUCAGCGAGAGGCACGGCUGGAUGGUGCAGUGUGUGGAGCCCCUGCAGAUGUUGGCUGUGCAUAUACCUGAGGAGAACAGGUGUGUCGACAUCAUGGAGCUGUCCGAGCAGGAGGACAUGAAGAAGUUCCACUACCACACCCUGAAGCUCUACUGCGCCCUCUGCGCUCUGGGAAACACCCGCGUAGCCCAUGCCCUCUGCAGCCACCUCGACCAAUCGCAGCUGCUAUACACCAUCGACAAUCAGUACCUAUCUGGGAUGUUACGCGAGGGCUUCUACAGCGUCCUGAUCAGCACUCACCUGGAGACGGCCAAAGAGGCGCGGCUCAUGAUGAAAGAUGAGUUCAUCAUCCCUGUCACGCCUGAGACGCGAUCCAUUCGGCUUUUUUCGGACGCUUCCAAGAAGCACCUCCCGCCAGGGGUGGGGCUAAGUACCUCCCUCAAACCCCGCCUCAACUUUGCCCCACCCUGUUUCAUCAGCACCAAACAGGAACAGCAUCUCUAUAGUCCGCAAAUCCCACUAGACGCUCUGAAGGAGAAAGCGAUCAUAAUGUUGACGGAGGCCGUUCAGGGUGGGGGGCACCAUAUCCGAGACCCUGUAGGAGGAGGUGUGGAGUACCAGUUUGUGCCAAUCCUGAAACUCAUCAGCACUUUGCUGACUAUGGGCGUGUUGGGCAGUGAGGACGUCCAUAAAAUCUUGCUGCUGAUUGACCCAAAUGUUUUCAGAGAGACACGUGAGGUGGGGCCCACAGGGGCCACGGACAAAGAAGGACUCACAGGGGCGGAGGAGAAGGCAGUGGAGGCUGGAGAGGAGGAAGCAGCCAAAGAGGCAAAACAACCAAUGAAAGGGCUGCUAGAGAAGAGGCUACCUGAGCCUGUUAAAAGACAGAUGUGCGAGCUGCUUCACUAUUUCUGCGACUGUGAGCUGAAGCACCGUAUCGAGGCCAUAGUGUCCUUCUCCGACAACUUCGUCUCCAAGCUGCAGUACAACCAGAAGUUCCGUUACAACGAGCUAAUGCUGGCCCUCAACAUGUCUGCUGCUGUCACCGCAAAGAAGACCAAAGAGUUCAGAUCGCCCCCUCAAGAACAGAUCAACAUGCUGCUGACAUUCAGUACAGGCGAGGACUGUCCGUGUCCCACAGCCAUCCAGGAGGAACUGUACGACUUCCACACCCAGCUGCAGCUCCACUGUGGAAUCCCUAUGGAGGAAGACGAGGACGAGCAAGCUACAUCCAUCAGAGGGCGCCUCUUAAUGCUAGUGAACAAGAUCAAAGGCCAGGCUCACAAGGCAGAGGAGCCCACAGAGAAGGAGCAAGCUGCACCAUCCAACCUGAAGGAGCUGAUCUCCCAGACGAUGGUGAGCUGGGCCCAGGAGUGUCUCAUCCAGGACCCUGAGCUGGUCCGUAAGAUGUUCAGCCUGCUGAGGCGGCAGUACGACAGCAUCGGGGAACUGCUCCGCGCAAUGAGGAAGACUUACACCAUCAGCGCCGUCUCGGUCCAAGACACCAUCAACCUCCUGGCCUCCCUCGGCCAGAUCCGAUCUCUGCUGUCUGUGCGUAUGGGGAAAGAGGAGGAGAAGCUCAUGAUUGAUGGGCUUGGCGACAUCAUGAACAACAAAGUGUUCUACCAGCAUCCCAACCUAAUGAGAAUACUGGGCAUGCAUGAGACCGUCAUGGAGGUCAUGGUCAAUGUGCUCGGAGGAGACAAAUCCCAGGAAAUCGCCUUUCCCAAGAUGGUGGCCAGCUGCUGUCGCUUCCUGUGUUACUUCUGCCGGAUCAGCCGCCAGAACCAGAAGGCCAUGUUCGACCACCUCAGCUACCUGCUGGAGAACAGCAGUGUGGGCCUGGCGUCACCAGCUAUGAGGGGCUCAACUCCGUUGGAUGUGGCUGCGUCCUCCGUGAUGGAUAACAACGGCCUGGCUCUGGCUCUGGAAGAACCUGAUCUGGACAAGGUGGUCACCUACCUCGCUGGCUGCGGUCUCCAGAGUUGUCCAAUGCUCCUGGCUAAAGGUUAUCCAGACAUCGGCUGGAACCCGAUAGAAGGGGAGCGUUACCUUUCCUUCUUGCGGUUCGCUGUCUUUGUCAAUGGUGAGAGUGUGGAGGAGAACUCCAGCGUUGUAGUCAAGCUGCUUAUCAGACGUCCGGAGUGUUUUGGACCCGCUCUGAGGGGAGAAGGAGGAAACGGUCUCCUGGCCGCCAUGAAGGAAGCCAUCAAGAUCUCUGAGACACCGGCGUUGGACCUGCCGGGAUCUGUGUCUGCUGAUGGUGACGACGAGGAGGAGGUGGUGCACAUGGGAAACGCCAUCAUGUCCUUCUACUCUGCGCUCAUCGAUCUGCUGGGACGAUGUGCCCCAGAGAUGCAUCUCAUCAACAAGGGCAAAGGUGAAGCCCUCCGUAUCCGUGCCAUUCUGCGCUCUCUGGUGCCUACAGAAGACCUCGUGGGAAUUAUCAGCAUACCUCUCAAAAUGCCCGUCACCAACAAAGACGGGUCAGUUACAGAGCCAGACAUGUCGGCCGGCUUCUGUCCGGAUCACAAGGCCCCCAUGGUGCUCUUCUUGGACAGGGUGUAUGGUAUAGAGGACCAGUGCUUUCUGCUUCACCUGCUCGAGGUGGGCUUCCUUCCUGACCUGAGGGCAGCUACAUCCCUGGACACGGAGGGUCUGUGCACCACAGAGACGGCCCUUGCCAUGAACCGCUACAUCGGCUCAGCCUUACUUCCCCUGCUCACCCGCUGCGCUCCUCUCUUUGCUGGCACGGAGCACUAUGCCACCCUCAUCGACUCAACGCUGCACACCAUCUACCGCCUGUCAAAGGGCCGCUCACUCACCAAGGCCCAGAGAGAUGCUAUAGAGGAGUGCCUGCUGGCUGUUUGCAAGCACCUUCGCCCCUCCAUGCUGCAGCAGCUCUUGCGCCGCCUCGUCUUUGAUGUGCCCUUGCUUUCUGAUUACUGCAAGAUGCCUCUGAGGCUGCUAACCAACCACUAUGAGCAGAACUGGAAGUACUACUGCCUCCCAUCAGGCUGGGGCAGCUACGGCACAGCAUCCGAAGAUGAACUGCAGCUCACCAAGAAAAUCUUCUGGGGAGUGUUUGAUUCUCUGUCCCAGAGGAAAUAUGACGCAGAGCUUUUCAAGAUGGCCAUGCCUUGCCUUAGUGCCAUAGCUGGAGCUUUGCCCCCGGACUACGUGGACGCCUCUAUCAGUACCGCUUUGGAGAAGCCUGUUUCUGUAGACGCUCAGGGCAACUUUGACCCCAAACCCAUCAAUACUGCUAACAUUGCUCUUCCAGAGAAGCUUGAGUACUUUGCCAACAGAUACGCAGAGCAUUCCCAUGAGAAGUGGUCAGCAGAGAAGGUGCUGCUGGGAUGGAAAUAUGGAGAUUGUGUGGAUGAGAAGGCGAAGAUUCACCCUCAGCUCAGGACCUACAAAGCCCUAACAGAGAAGGAGAAAGAGAUUUACAGAUGGCCUAUUAGAGAGUCCCUGAAGAGUAUGCUGGCAAUGGGCUGGAGCAUCGACAGGACCAAGGAUUGUGAAAGCAUGUCUCUGAGGGAGACGGAGAAAAUGAGGAAGAUCUCUCAGUCUUCGCAGGCAAACGGCUUCAAUCCCAGCCCAAUAGACACAACCAACGUGAUUCUAUCCAGAGAGCUGCAGGGGAUGGUGGAGGUGUUAUCUGAAAAUUAUCAUAACAUCUGGGCCAAGAAGAAAAAGAGUGACCUUGGAAGCAGAGGUGGGGGGACACACCCUCUGUUGGUGCCUUAUGAAACACUGACAGCCAAGGAAAAGGCACGCGAUCGAGAGAAGGCUCAGGACCUUUUCCGCUUCCUGCAGAUUAAUGGCUAUAUCAUCACAAGAGGUUUGAAGGACUUGGAGCAGGAUUCCUCAUCCAUGGAGAAGAGGUUUGCUUAUAAGUUUCUCAAGAAGCUGCUCAAGUAUGUUGACUCAGCUCAGGAGUUCAUUGCUCACCUGGAGGCCAUGGCCGCUAGUGGAAAAACAGACAGGUCCCCUCAUGAACAAGAAAUCAAGUUUUUUGCCAAAGUUCUUCUUCCGCUCAUUGAUCAGUACUUUAAGAACCACUCCCUCUACUUCCUCUCCUCCCCCAAUAAAAACCUGAGCAGUAGCGGCUACGCCUCCAACAAGGAGAAGGAGAUGGUAACCAGCCUUUUUUGUAAACUGGCAGCUCUUGUCAGACAUAGGAUUUCUCUCUUUGGGAGUGACUCCACUACUAUCGUCAGCUGUCUGCAUAUUCUGGCUCACACCCUGGACACCAGGACGGUGAUGAAGUCUGGCUCCGAGCCCGUGAGGGUGGGGCUCAGGACGUUCUUUGAGAACGCAGCCGAGGACUUGGAGAAGACGUUUGAGAACCUGAAGCUGGGGAAGUUCACUCACUCUCGCUCGCAGAUGAAAGGGGUGUCGCAGAACAUCAACUACACCACCGUAGCGCUGCUCCCCAUUUUAACAGCUCUGUUUGAGCACAUCACUCAACACCACUUUGGAGUCGACCUGCUUUUGGAUGAUGUCCAGGUGUCCUGCUAUCGAAUCCUCACCAGUCUCUAUGCACUGGGCACUGGGAAAAACAUCUAUGUGGAAAGACAGCUCCCAGCUCUCGGCCAUUGUCUGGCCACCCUGGCUGGAGCCAUGCCUGUGGCCUUCCUGGAGCCGCUGUUAAACACGUACAACCCCUUCUCUGUCUUUAACACAAAGAGUGCCAGAGAGCGAGCCAUCCUAGGCAUACCAGACUCAGUGGUAGAGAUGUGUCCCGGCAUGCCGCGGCUGGACGGUCUGAUGAAGGACAUCAACGACAUGGCUGAGUCUGGAGCAAGGUACACCGAGAUGCCUCACGUCAUCGAGGUGGUGCUGCCCAUGCUGUGUAACUACCUUUCUUACUGGUGGGAGAGGGGACCGGAGAACCAGCCGGCCAGCGGGGGCAGCAUCUGCUGCACCACUGUCACCUCAGAGCACCUCAGCCUCAUCCUGGGCAACAUCCUCAAGAUCCUCAACAACAACCUGGGCAUCGACGAAGCCUCCUGGAUGAAGAGGAUUGCAGUGUACGUGCAACCUAUCAUCAGCAAGGCCCGUGCAGACCUGCUGAAGAGCCACUUCCUGCCGACGCUGGAGAAGCUGAAGAAGAAGACGGUGAAGGUGGUGUCUGAGGAAGAGCUGCUGAAAGCCGACAGUAAAGGAGACACGCAGGAGGCGGAGCUGCUCAUCCUGGACGAGUUCGCUGUACUCUGCAGGGACCUGUACGCCUUUUACCCCAUGCUCAUCCGCUAUGUGGAUAACAACAGGUCCAGGUGGCUGAAAGAACCAGAUGCUGACUCCAAUGAGCUCUUCAGGAUGGUCGCUGAGAUUUUUAUACUCUGGUGCAAGUCACAUAACUUCAAAAGAGAGGAGCAGAACUUUGUGGUCCAGAAUGAAAUCAACAACCUCUCCUUCUUGACCGGAGAUAAUAAAACCAAGAUGGCUAAGUCCUUUAAGGAAAAGUCUGGAGGACAAGACCAGGAAAGGAGACACAAAAAAAGACGUGGUGAGUUCUACUCCAUUCAGACCUCGCUGAUCGUGGCCGCUCUGAAGAAGAUGCUUCCUAUCGGCCUCAACAUGUGUACCCCAGGAGACCAAGAGCUCAUCUCCCUGGCCAAGACGCGCUACCUUCUGAGAGACACAGAUGAAGAGGUCAAAGACCACAUUCGGCAGAAUAUGCAUCUUCGAGUAAAGUCAGAGGACCCCGCUGUGAGGUGGCAGCUGAACCUGUACAAGGACAUAGCGAUGAGGAUCGAGGGGCCUCCAGAUCCUGACAGGGUCGUGGACCGGAUCCAGAGGAUCUCUGCUGCUGUCUUCAACCUGGAGCAGGUUGAACAGCCACUGAGAUCAAAGAAAUGUGUAUGGCAGAAGCUGCUGUCCAAACAGAGGAAGCGAGCGGUUGUCGCCUGUUUCCGCAUGGCUCCACUUUAUAACCUACCAAGGCAUCGCUCUAUUAACCUCUUCCUCCUGGCCUAUCAGAGAAUAUGGAUAGAAACAGAGGAAUACUCUUUUGAGGAGAAGCUAGUGCAGGACCUUGCAAAAACGCAGCCUAAAGUGGAGGAAGAGGAGGAGGAGGAGAUCAGAAAGCAGCCAGACCCUCUUCACCAGCUCAUUCUGCAUUUCAGCCAUAACGCUCUGACCGAGUGCAGUUCUUUAGAAGAGGAUCCCUUGUAUAUUGCAUAUGCAGAUAUGAUGGCAAAGAGCUGUGCUGAAGGUGAAGAAGAAGAAGAGGAAGAAGGAAAAGAGAAAACAUUUGAGGAAAAGGAAAUGGAGAAGCAAAAAAUGCUGUACCAGCAGGCGAGGCUUCAUGAUCGAGGAGCAGCAGAGAUGGUGCUUCAGAUGAUCAGUGCCAGCAAAGGUCGACUUGCUGCUAUGGUGACUUUCACCCUCAAGCUAGGAAUCUCUAUCCUCAACGGGGGAAACAUACUGGUCCAGCAGAAAAUGCUGGACUACCUGAAGGAAAAAAGAGAUGUUGGCUUUUUUAAAAGUUUGUCUGGACUGAUGAUGUCGUGCAGCGUCCUGGACUUGAAUGCCUUUGAAAGGCAAAAUAAAGCUGAAGGUCUGGGGAUGGUAACUGAAGAAGGAUCAAUCAACGUGAGUGAGCAGGGUUCCAAAGUGCUGCAGAAUGAUGAGUUCACUAAGGAUCUCUUUAGGUUUCUGCAGCUUCUCUGUGAGGGCCACAACAACGAUUUCCAGAACUUUCUGAGGACUCAAACAGGAAACACAACUACAGUCAACAUCAUUAUUAGUACUGUAGACUACCUGCUAAGACUUCAGGAAUCCAUCAGCGACUUUUACUGGUACUACUCUGGUAAGGAUGUAAUAGACGAAGCCGGACAGAGGAAUUUCUCCAGAGCACUCGCAGUGGCCAAGCAGGUCUUCAACUCUUUAACUGAGUAUAUACAGGGUCCAUGUAUUGGGAACCAGCAGAGUCUGGCUCACAGCAGGCUGUGGGACGCAGUGGUGGGUUUCCUGCAUGUUUUUGCCAACAUGCAGAUGAAGUUGUCCCAGGACUCCAGUCAGAUUGAGUUAUUGAAGGAGCUGCUGGACCUGCAGAAGGACAUGAUCGUCAUGAUGCUCUCUCUACUUGAAGGUAAUGUUGUCAAUGGUACCAUUGGCAAACAAAUGGUGGACACCCUGGUGGAAUCUUCCAGCAACGUGGAGAUGAUCCUGAAAUUCUUCGACAUGUUCCUCAAGUUGAAGGACCUGACGACCUCAGACAGCUUUAGGGAAUAUGACCCGGAGAGCAAAGGGGUCAUCUCUAAGAAAGAUUUCCAAAAGUCCAUGGAGAACCAGAAACAGUACUCGCAGUCUGAGAUCGAGUUUCUUCUUUCCUGUGCGGAGGCCGAUGAGAACGACAUGUUUAACUACGAGCAGUUUGUGGAGAGAUUUCACGAGCCCGCCAAAGACAUCGGCUUUAAUGUCGCUGUGCUGCUGACCAAUCUGUCUGAGCACAUGCCUCAUGAUGCUCGCCUCUCAACGUUUCUCGACCUGGCCGAGAGCGUCCUCAGCUACUUCGAGCCUUUUUUGGGUCGCAUCGAGAUCAUGGGCGGAGCCAAGCGCAUAGAGAGAGUCUACUUCGAGAUCAGCGAGUCCAGUCGUACCCAGUGGGAGAAGCCUCAAGUGAAGGAGUCAAAGCGGCAGUUCAUCUUUGAUGUGGUCAAUGAAGGCGGGGAGAGCGAGAAGAUGGAACUGUUUGUAAACUUCUGUGAGGACACCAUCUUCGAGAUGCAGCUCGCCUCGCAGAUUUCAGAGCCGGACCCAGUGGAGCGUCCGGAGGAAGAUGAGGACGACAACCAGAGUGUGGCUUUAAACCAGGAAGAGGAAGAGGAGGAGAUCGUGAUGUUGGAGUCCUCCUCGGCCUUUACGAUCGCCUGCAUCUCAAUGAGAAAAAGUCUCAGCCACUUCCGCCAGAUGCUGACUCUGAAGAGCAUGAGGCGGCAGUACAGGAAAUUCAGAAAGAUGAGUGUUCGGGAGCUGGUGCGAGGCUUCUUCUCUUUCUUCUGGAUGAUCAUCACAGGCCUCUUCCACUUUGUCUAUAGCCUUGUUUGGGGUUUCUUCCAUAUCUUGUGGACCACCAUGUUCGGAGGCGGCCUUGUUGAAGGGGCUAAAAACAUAAAGGUGACAGACAUUUUAGGGAACAUGCCAGACCCCACCCAGUUUGGGAUCCAUGGGGAUGUGUUAGAGAUGGAGAAGAUGGAGGCGAACGAGGGGUCAGCUUUGGCAGAGAUGGGUCAGAUGGCUCAGGGGGAUGCAGCAGAGGGGGACCUGAUGGCUGAGCUGCUGAACAUACAGCCCAAGAAAGAGGGGAAGCAUGGGGCGGAGCCAGGUUUGGGGGAUGUGUCUGAGGUGGUGGUGGGGGACGCUCCGUCCAUUGCAAGUGCCGUGAAACAGAAGAAGGCACAGAUUGCUGCAAAAAAGAGUGCAUCACCUGGAGACUACAAAUCUGACUCUGAGAAGGGAGAUUCAGAGGACGGUGAGAAGAAGGACCACGAUAAAGCCAAAGAUGAAGUCCCUUCCCAGUCCUCGUUGGAGGCGAAAAAGGCGCCGAAGAAGAGGCUGGGCAUGAAGAAAGAACCCCCAGAAGCCUUCACGGCCAGCUUCUUAGCUGGCUUGGAGAUCUAUCAGACUAAGAUGCUGAAUUACCUGGCCAGAAACUUCUACAACCUCCGCUUCCUGGCUCUCUUUGUUGCUUUUGCUAUCAAUUUCAUUCUGCUCUUCUACAAAGUGACAGGGGAUUACUCAGACGAUGAAGACCCUUGGAACGGUCGUGGUAAAACUGGGGAAGAGGAAGAUGAGGGUGCACUGGAGUAUUUUGUGCUGCAGGAGAGCACAGGCUACAUGGCCCCAACACUUCGCUGCCUGGCUAUUCUGCACACAAUCAUAUCUUUCCUGUGUGUAGUGGGAUACUACUACCUUAAGGUGCCACUGGUGGUGUUCAAACGUGAGAAGGAGAUAGCCAGGAAGUUAGAGUUUGCCGGCCUUUACAUCACAGAGCAGCCGUCGGACGAUGAUAUCAAAGGACAGUGGGACAGACUGGUCAUCAAUACUCCUUCCUUCCCAAACAACUACUGGGAUAAAUUUGUAAAACGCAAAGUGAUUAAAAAGUAUGGCGACCUGUAUGGAGCAGAGAGGAUAGCAGAGCUGCUUGGGUUGGAUAAAAGUGCCCUGGAUUUCAACCCUACAGAGGAAACUGUGGCCAAGGAGGCUUCACUGGUGUCAUGGUUGAGCUCAAUCGAUACAAAGUACCAUGUGUGGAAACUGGGAGUGGUGUUUACAGACAAUUCAUUCCUGUACCUGGUGUGGUACACCACCAUGUCUAUUCUAGGCCACUACAACAACUUCUUCUUCGCCGCUCAUCUUCUGGAUAUCGCCAUGGGCUUCAAGACCCUCCGGACCAUCCUCUCCUCUGUCACACAUAACGGCAAACAGCUGGUGUUGACAGUGGGCCUGCUGGCGGUUGUGGUCUACCUCUACACUGUGGUGGCCUUCAACUUCUUCAGGAAGUUCUACAACAAGAGCGGGGACGAGGACGAGCCCGAUAUGAAGUGUGACGACAUGAUGACUUGUUACCUCUUCCACAUGUACGUCGGGGUGAGGGCAGGCGGGGGAAUUGGGGAUGAGAUCGAGGACCCAGCCGGUGACCCCUAUGAGCUGUACCGCAUCCUGUUUGACAUCACCUUCUUCUUCUUCGUCAUCGUCAUCCUCCUGGCCAUCAUCCAGGGUUUGAUCAUCGAUGCUUUUGGCGAGCUGAGAGACCAGCAGGAACAAGUCAAAGAGGACAUGGAGACCAAAUGUUUCAUAUGUGGGAUUGGCAAUGACUACUUUGACACAACACCUCACGGCUUUGAGACUCACACCUUACAAGAGCACAAUUUGGCAAACUACCUGUUUUUCCUGAUGUACCUUAUCAACAAAGAUGAGACAGAGCACACCGGCCAGGAGUCAUAUGUGUGGAAGAUGUACCAGGAGCGCUGCUGGGAUUUUUUCCCAGCUGGUGACUGCUUCCGCAAACAGUAUGAAGACCAGCUUGGAUAGAGCAGAUGCUUCACCUUUAUCCAUACUGAGGAGACGGAUGGAACACGACAACAUUUAGUCCUACACAGAGCUGCUGGACUACAACACCAAAAGAGUCAUCUGUUCAAGUUGUUUUGGACUGGCCUAAGGAAGGACGAAACUACUUUUUUAUAAAUUAAAAAAAAAAAAAAAAAAAGAGAAAGUUCUUUUUUAUGUGGAUACAGUGCCAGUCUAUGAAAAAAACGACCAAUACCUGGACAUUUUGUUUCUUUUAAGUUUUGGGACUCGUUUUUUGACAGCGCGUUGCCAUCUACUCCACAUAACCCCAAAUCAUUGCACAACUUUUUUUUUGGUCUUUUUUGAAACACUGGGUUGUGUGGGGUUAUGGGACAAUGUGUCCGUCAUAUUAUGCACAAGAACCCAACUUCAAUAUUUUGAGAAUGUUUAACUCGAGACUUAAUGCCAAAAGAAUGAGGAGGAGUACAGCAGAUUUACAUACAAAAAUAUGAUGAGAGGUUGUUGUUUUUUCAGAUGUUGUAUCCUAAAAAUACUAAGAUGAUUUACAGUGAAGUGACAGAAAGGUUUAUUAUGUAGGAUUUAAAAAAAAAAAAAAAAGCCUAAAUUGGUCCAUGAAGUGCCUUACAGAACUGUAUCUACAUUACAAUGGAGCUAUGCAAAACUUUAGUUUUUUCUUUAUUGUAGGUAAGUACAGUCAAUUUCCUGGAGCAGUAGCUGUCCAGAUACGUAGUUUGUGGCAGAACUUUUUUAUUUGAAUAUGGAAGAACAGCAUUGGUUUGAUUUGAUUGAUAUUUCAGCUGAAUGCAGCAUAAUUGCAACUGUUCAAGGUACCAAGUGUAAAAAUGAUACCGCAGACUUGACUGAAAACCUUCCAACAAAAAGACAAAUUAAAUUGCUAUUGUAUGGCCAUUUGUAUGUAGUAGCUUUGCUGAUCCGUGCAUUUCUUUUGAUGGGAAAAAAUAAAGAAAACAAUGCAAGAA